AAGUUAGGGUUUCACAUUCUCUCUCUCAAUCAAAACCAUGAUCAAACUUCUCAGUCUCGCACUCUCACUGCACCUGCCUCACCGAAUCAUCCCUUACUUCAUGUAAUAAUCCCCGCCUCAAUUUUUCUCAAAGAUUCUCCGUUGCAGUUACAGAUUUCAACAAUUAUUGCUUCUCCAACAGGGAACAAAACAUCUGGGGCACUGCUACUGAGUUGGCUGACAAAUUGAGAUACCAAAUAAAACUUAGUAUUGUACAGUGGUUUGCUUUGGAUGUUCAUGUGAUUGAUAUGGAAGGGGGUGUGGGACAUGGUGUGAUGGCGGAUGAUGGAGAUGCUGAGCCUAAUGAGGGUGGAGAAGCAAACAGCUUUGGAAAUGCCUCAGCCAAUGACGAAGAUGGGAUUGCUGGGCCGCACGAGGGUAUGGAAUUUGAUUCUGAAGAUGCUGCUAAGACGUUUUACCACGAGUAUUCCAGACGCGUUGGUUUUAGCUCCAAAGAUGGUCAAUGUAGACGCUCUAAAGAUGGGACACUUGUUGCUUGGGAUUUUAUGUGUGGCAAAGAAGGCUCAAAAAGAAGAAAUGCUAAUACUUGUGAUGCAAUGCUUAGAAUAGAGUUAAAGGGUCAAGGCAGAUGGAUUGUCACAAAGUUUGUGAAAGAUCAUACCCAUUCCUUGGGAAACCCUAGUAGGGUGCACAACAUUCGGCCCCGAAGGCAUUUCGCUGGUGCUACGAAGAAUGUGACUGAAACUCAGCAAGGAGGAGGGGUCGUUCCAAGUGGUGUGAUGUAUGUGUCCAUGGAUGGAAACCGUGGAUCCGUUGAUACAAACCAUCAUGGAGUUAGGAGCACUUCUUCGGUAGAGCCGAAUCGACCUGUUAAAAACACUGGGAUGAUGAAUUUUGUCGUUCGACCGUUUGCUCCAAAGAGGACUUUUGGAAGGGAUGCUCAAAAUCUGCUGGACUAUUUUAAGAAAAUGCAGGCAGAGAACCCAGGUUUCUUUUACGCAAUACAACUUGAUGAAGAUAACUGCAUGGCUAAUGUGUUCUGGGCUGAUGCAAGGUCAAGGGCGGCUUACAGGCAUUUUGGUGACGCAGUUACACUGGACACAAGGUGCAUAGUGAACCGGUACAGAGUGCCAUUUGCUCCAUUCACUGGAGUGAACCACCAUGGUCAGUCAAUUUUGUUUGGUUGCGCAAUACUACUUGAUGAUUCUGAGGAUACUUUUACUUGGCUGUUGAAGACAUUUCUCACGGCAAUGAAUGAUCGUCCGCCUGUUUCUAUAAUCACUGAUCAAGGCAAGGCCAUACAGACAGCAGUUACUCUCGUGUUUCCAGAAGCCCGCCAUUGUAUUAGCAAGUGGCAUGUCUUACGAGAAGGCCAUGAGAAGUUGGCUUAUGUGUCCCUUGCGCAUCCCAAUUUCCAGGUUGAGCUUUAUAAUUGCAUCAACUUGACCGAAACUAUUGAGGAGUUUGAGUCAUCUUGGGAUCACAUCAUUGAUAAAUAUGACCUCAGAGGACAUGAUUGGCUUCAAUCGUUGUAUAAUGCUCGUGCUCAGUGGGUUCCAGUGUAUUUUCGGGGUUCUUUUUUUGCUGUAAUAUCUCCAGAUCAAGGAUUUGAAGUAUCCUUCUUUGAUGGUUAUGUGAAUCAACAAACAACAUUGCCUAUGUUCUUUAGACAAUAUGAGAGAGCCUUGGAAAAUUGGUUUGAAAGAGAGAUAGAAGCAGAUUUUGAAACAAUUUGCACCUCCCCAGUUUUGAAGACUCCUUCACCUAUGGAAAAGCAGGCGGCAAAUCUUUAUACAAGGAAAUUUUUUGCGAAAUUUCAGGAAGAGUUAGUUGAAACUUUCGUAUACACUGCCAAUAGGAUAGAGGGUGAUGGAGCUAUUAGCACAUUCAGGGUGGCAAAAUUUGAGGAUGACCACAAGGCAUACAUUGUUACAUUAACUUAUCCUGAAAUUAGAGCAAACUGUAGCUGUCAAAUGUUUGAAUACUCGGGCGUACUCUGUCGUCAUAUUUUGACAGUUUUCACUGUUACAAAUGUUCUUACAUUACCAUCUCAUUACAUCUUGAAACGGUGGACAAGAAAUGCUAAGACUGGAGGUGUAAUAGAUGAACAUAAUGGGGACCUACAGGGCCAUGAGUCUUUGACAUCACGGUAUAACAACCUAUGUCGGGAAGCCAUGCAUUAUGCUGAAGAAGGGGCAUUAGUUGCAGAAACCUGUUACAUAGCAUUAGGUGCUCUCAGAGAAGGUGCAAGGAAGGUUGCUGUUGUAAAGAAAAAUGUUGCCAGAGUUGCACCCCCUAGUUCACAGGUUAGUGGGACUGGUUAUGAUGACAGGAAGACUUCUACAUCAGCGUCAGACACAACCCCGUUGUUAUGGCCUCGACAUGAUGAAGUGUCAAGGCGAUUUAAUCUGAAUGACGCUGGUGCCCAAUCUCAAUCUGUAGCUGAUCUAAAUGUUCUGCGCAUGGCCCCUGUGUCCCUUCACCGGGAUGACAGCCCAAAUGAAAGCAUGGGGGUUUUUCCUUACCUCAAAUCAAUGACUUGGGUUAUGGAGAAUAAGAAUUCAGUGCCAGGGAAUAGAGUUGCUGUCAUCAACUUGAAGUUGCAAGAUUAUAGCAAGACUCAUUCUGAAUUUGAAGUUAAGUUCCAGCUCUCAAGGCCGAACUUGGAACCCAUGUUGAGAUCUAUGGCAUAUAUUAGUGAACAGCUUUCAACACCAGCUAGCCAGGUUGCCGUCAUCAAUUUGAAGCUUCAAGAUUCAGAGACAAUCUCAGGAGAGUCGGAGGUUAAAUUUCAGGUGUCCAGGGAUACAUUAGGUGCUAUGCUGAGAUCAAUGGCCUACAUCAAGGAGCAGCUUUCAAAUGCUGCUGAGACUCAACCCGAGCCACGAUCAAAGAAGCAGCGGAAAUAAACAUAUUGAUAACUUAUCACAGGUUUGUUGACUAACAUAUCAUGGAUGGGAAAGUAGGCCAUUGGAAUGUCUGAGUCGCACUCUCAGUGAGUUGGGUUUGCUCCACUUUUCUUCUCCCUUUUUUUUUUUUAAGUAAUUAUUUUUUUGUUGUUGUUGUGUUUUUGUAGCAUUAUUUUCGUUCAAUUUCUCAUCGCUUCUUCUGGCAUGCGAGUUUGUUGUGUAACAUAUUUGUAUAUUUGACAUGUGAAAUUGAAAUCCAAGGGGCAUUAGUAAGAAGCAUUUUGCUUAUUGAACUCUUCUUGUGAUUGGUAAUUCUUCUCGUAAUCCCAAUAGUGUGCAUGUUUGUUUCGUUCCACCCUCUCUCACUUGAAAGCAGUCUCUGUAUUUUUUGCCUUCAGAUUGGAAUGCUGAUGAAAAUAGUAGAGAAUGUUAUGAUGGCAUUGGAACAAGUUCUCAGGUCGAUCAUGAAUAAUUUGUUUAUGCUACUCGAAUUCCAUUAGAUUAUAUUUUAUAUGUUGUAUGCACGCUGACGUUUUUAUACAAGUGUCGGUUUCUUUGA